AGCGUCUGUGUCUGGUUAGUAAUCGCGUUUCCACGCGCAAGCAGUUAAGGUGGUAGUAGUAUUGUCGGCAAUUGUCGGCAUAACCUGCAGAAUUGUGGAAAAUUGCAUUCGAAACAAAAUCGUACACCGACGUUGAUUUGGUUACAAUAACGACGAAAUUGAAAACAGAUAAAUAAAAAACUCUGCAAGUAAAUGAAAUGAAAAUACAGAAAAAUAUAUAAUAGAGUGUACAGUGCGGUAUCUGUGUGCUUAACCUCCUAUGUCAAGAGACGUGCAUAAACUUGCAAAUAAUAAUUAUUAGCAUACAAUGAAUAUGGCAUUUGUGUUGAAAGGCAUCGGUGAAAUAUUUUUGCGUUCAAGCAGCGUUUCGCGAGCUACUCGAGGUUCUAUAAAAAUAUCUCGGAUAUGCGCCGUUAAUUUCUCUAUCAAAGCAGAUAUCCCGGAAGUGGAAGAAGUCGAAAAGUUAAAAACACCAGUAGGAAAUGGCAAAGUGUUUAAAAGCAUAGAGGAAGCUGUGUCUGAUGUGCACAAUGGGGCCAAACUUUUAGUUGGUGGAUUUGGCCUCUGCGGUAUUCCAGAAAACCUAAUAGCAGCUGUACUAAAAAAGGGCUCUAAAGAUCUAACUGUAGUCUCAAAUAAUGCUGGAGUGGAAGAUUUUGGAUUAGGUAUAUUGCUAAAGGAGCACAGAAUCAAAAGAAUGAUUGCGUCAUAUGUGGGUGAAAACCCUGAAUUUGAAAGACAAUAUCUUAGUGGUCUAUUAGAAGUCGAGUUAACACCACAGGGUACUUUGGCAGAACGUGUGAGAGCAGGAGGUGCUGGUAUUCCGGCAUUCUACACUCCCACAGCUUUUGGCACCAUCGUGCAAGAGGGAAAUGUCAUCGUGAAGUACGACAAGGAUGGCAACGCUGAAAUAUCAGGAGAGUCAAGAAACGUAAAUCAAUUUGAUGGUCGAAACUAUGUGCUGGAAACCGCCAUCACCGGUGAUUUUGCGCUUGUAAAAGCGUGGAAAGCGGACUCUGCGGGAAAUCUUGUCUUCAGAAAGUCAGCCAGGAACUUUAAUCCGGUAAUGUGCAAAGCAGCAAAGGUGGCAAUUGUUGAAGUGGAAGAGAUUGUGGAAAUUGGUCAGUUGGAUCCGGACCAUAUUCAUUUGCCUGGUAUUUUUGUGGAUAGAAUCGUGAAAGGACCUUCUUACGAGAAACGAAUUGAGAAACGCUCAACAAAACAGACUAUGAAGCCUAAAAAAGUGACCCCAGCUAGUAAAGCAAGAGACAGAAUUAUAAGACGUGCUGCUCUUGAAUUUAAAGAUGGAAUGUAUGCAAACUUAGGAAUUGGCAUACCCAUGCUUGCGGGUAACUACAUCCCAAAGGGCGUGAAAGUGACGUUACAGUCAGAGAACGGUAUUCUUGGUAUGGGCCCGGUGCCGGAGAGUGAGAGUGACGUCGAUGCGGAUCUCAUUAAUGCUGGAAAAGAAACUGUCACUGUUCUACCUGGUGCUGCCUUCUUCAGCAGUGACGACAGUUUCAGCAUGAUUAGAGGGGGACACAUUGAUCUGACUAUUCUCGGAGGCAUGCAAGUGUCGGAGAAUGGAGAUUUAGCUAAUUGGAUGAUACCAGGUACGAUGGUAAAAGGCAUGGGCGGUGCCAUGGACCUUGUUUCCGCGGCGACUACGAAAGUAGUAAUAACCAUGGAGCACAAAGCCCGAGACGGAAGUCCGAAAAUUUUGAAAAACUGCACCUUGCCUGUCACAGGCCAACAAUGCGUCGAUUUAAUUAUCACAGAGCUGGGAGUGUUUGAAGUGGUGAAAGGAGAAGGAUUAAAGCUUAUCGAGAUUGCCGCUAAUGUCGAUAUCAGUGAGAUCGUCAGUUCGACAGGUUGUGAAUUUAGUGUUGCUGAUGAACUUAAGGAAAUGGGACAGGUUGAGAUCGAUGAGUCUUAAAAUUGUACUAUAUUUUACAAAUUGUAAAAAUGAUACUCGACUCGAUAUUCUAACACCUCUUUGACUACGUGAAAGUAAUUUUUAAUAUCGUUUACAAACUGUACAGGAUUUUCAAUGUAAAAAAUUGCAUCUUAAAACUUUACGAGAAAUAUUGUUGAAGCUAUGCAAUUUAAAAUAUGUAAUAUAAAUUGAGAGAGUUGCUAAUUACGUUACACAAUUAUAUUUCUGUUGAUAUUUUCGUUUUUUAUGAUUGUACUUCAUGUAAAAUAUACUAUAAUGUUUAAAUAAUUAGUUAAACGUUAUGAUCAAUAUAAAAUUAUCUAUUACGUUAUUCUGUUAUUGUAUACAAAAGUUAAAUAAUUAUUUCCUAAAUGUACAUAUAUUUUUUUACGUGUAAAUCAUGAAGCAAUUUAUAAUGUGUCGCGAUUGCGAGCAAAAGGAAUCAUAUAUAAUUAGCAUAAUAAAUGUGUUAUGAUUUUGUAAUAUGUCCUAUUAAAUAAAAGUUUGUAAUAUU